GGAAGAGGCCCAUCCAUCAUUCAUGGCCGCUUUGCCCUUGUAGUAGUAUCAGAAACAACUUUAGAUUGAAGUCGCGCUCAAUUCAACUCGCCGGUAAACGCGGCCGGAAAACGACGUCCGCCGCCGUAACAGAACUUCAUCGCAACAUAUUUAACCGCACCCCGUACCGCGCUAAAGCAAACGGCACGAUUUACAACACAGGAACUUAUUUGUUUUCAGUUAAUCCUGUACUCCAUUGGCCAAAUUAGGUUUCUGUCUGAGAAACAUGUUGAAGCAAGCAAUUGGUAGAAUUUGCCGAGCAAAUGUUUAUUCUUGUGAAGGAAACAGAGUUUUGCCUUGGUUUUAUGUGCCCUCGUGCUUUUUCCACAAUGGACAAGUACAUAAUGCACCAAGAAGCUUUUUUGGUGUAGAGGAUUUCAUCGAUGAUGAUAACAGCCGACCUUAUACAUACCAAAAAGGGAAGAAGUCAAAGAAUCCAAACAAGCAUAUAUCAUUCAAACAAAGAACAGUUGCAUACAUGGAACCUUUUACACUUGACGUGUUUAUCUCAAAACGGUUUGUAUCAGCUGCACUCACUCAUAGAGUGACAAGCAAACAAGUUGCAGUUGCAGGUACCAACUCCAAGGACAUUAAAGCUGUUCUCAGAUCUCGAUCCGACAUACCGGCAUGCAUAGCUAUUGGCCGGAUUUUAGCUGAACGAGCUAGGGAAGCUGAUGUUUACACUGCUUCUUAUACUCCAAGAGAUCGGGAUAAAUUUGAAGGGAAAAUCAGAGCUGUAGUUCAAUCACUUAUUGAUAAUGGGAUUGAUCUCAAGGUUUAUCUUGAUUGAGUCACAAACAAUCUUUUAAAGCUAACACUACCAGCCAGUUAAGUUAUUGAGAUUCUGGUUGAAGCAUUGUGUUUCAUUAUGCCCAUGUAGCUUUAUAAUUAGUAAUUGAUAUCAAUACUAGUUUUGUGAACUAGAAAUUAUGGCUUAAUGAAUGUAAUUUAUUUUUAUAUUUUUAUGCACAUUAUUCAAAUUUCAUCUAA